ACAAUCCCCAUCUGGCAGAACAAACCCCAUGGCUCGGCACGCAGCGUUGUCAGGAGGAUUGGGUCAAACCUCCCUUUAAAACCCUGUCCCAGAGCAACCUUUGAGGUUCUACCCAACGUUUCGGAGCUCUAUUUAAAUGACGUCCCUCCAGUCCCCACCUUGGCAGACGUUGUGUGGAUAGCAGCAGAUGAUGAAGAGACGUACGCCAGAGUCAGAAGCGACACUCGCCCGCUGAAGCACAAGUGGAAGCCGAGUCCCUUCACUGUUAUACAGCGAAAUGCUUCAGUCCCCAACCUGAGGAAGCAGGAGGAGAAGCUGCUCGCCUUGAAGAAGCCUGGCUUACCAGCACUGAGCCGAACAACAGAGCUCCAGGAUGAGCUGAGUCACCUCCGGAGUCAGAUAGCUAAAAUAGUCGCUGCAGAGUCAGCUUCUGCUGCAUUAACACCAGAUUUAUUAUCUCCUGGAAGUUCAAAUGCUUCUUCUCCUGUACCUUGUUUUGGACCCUCUUUCCAGUCUACAACGUCCUUUGUCAUUAGCGAUAUCACAGAGGAGGAGGCAGAACUCGACAGCCCCGAGCUCCCGUCGGUCUCUCUCCUUUGUUCUGCGACCUCCGAGUGUUUUAAACCAGAACCAAAGGAUCCUGACGAGGAAGAUUCCGUGUCUCUUUCAAAGGCCAGCAGCUUUGCAGACAUGAUGGGGAUUCUUAAAGACAUUCAUAGGAUGAAGCAGAGCAAAGACUUAAACCGAACUGCAGCGAAGGAGGAAGACCCGGCCGUGCUUAUCGCAGAGGUUCUGAGGAGAAAGUUUGCCCUCAAGGACGAAGACCUGUCCGUGAAGGAGAAGUGAUGUUACUGACAUGAUUAAACUCCAUAAGCAAGAGUGCUGCGCUCCCAGAAUUUUCUCCGCGGUAGCUGCCUUCCUAAGGCCCGAGCCUUUUGCCUCUCUGAUGGAUUAGGAAUGGUUUCUGCACUGGACACUUAGGAAAGACCUCACAGAUUUGAUGUGUUUUCCAUGUAUUGUUUUAUUUAAGCAAAAAAAAAACCAAAACUUUUUAAGAAGAUGGGAAUUGUUUUCCACUUGUAUUUUGCUGUUGAUUAUUGAUAAGGAUCUUGUGAAGAGUAUAACGAGUGCUGCUGGCUGACCUUCUUUCUACC